AUGGACACCCAGGAACUGCAGCAGAAAGCACUAACUGCUCACUCGGAACUACAGUCUGUCAAGGCUCAGAUCAACGCAUUGCAGCGUUCGAUCCAGCUGGGCAAAGUGACCAAGCAGGAGGUUGAGGGAAUCGGCGGCAACGGCCGUGUGUGGCAGGGCGUAGGCAAAAUGUUUAUGAGUACGAAAAGUACAGAUUAUACGAACUCGUUGGACAGCGAAAGUAGCGACGCUCAAGAGAAGAUCGAGGCCCUCAAAAAGAAGGAGGCAUAUUUCGAAACCACCUUAGAGAACUUGACGAAGGCACUGGCGAACGUUUCCAGCUAA